AUGGCCUCUCAUGAUUCGAGCGAUCCGUCUCAUCGAAGAAACCGUUCGACACCUCAAUCAAUACCUCUGCAGGACCUCAGCCGCCCACCAGACCCUGAAGAUGACGAGAGGAGAUCCAGCGUUCAGCAUCGCAGGACACUUAGCGAUAGAGGAAGGAGUUUGUUCGGUAAUGCGGAAUCAGCUGGUGGUGGGAAUAGGUGGAGCACGAGAUACACCCCGAUAAGAGAAGGGUCACCGAGCCCGACACGAAGGAAUGCGGGACCGCCAAGGACGCAACUCUCCAUACCGGAGGCUGGCCUGCAAGAUAAUCACGACGGCGACGAACUAUCCCCGCUUCAUGAUGGACAAGGGUUCCAAGAAGCUAUCGGAUUCGCGGGGUUGAGCUUUCAAGGAGACACAGCAUAUCACCCGACAGCGGCGGCCUCGCCUCCUCAUGAACAGAACCGGCGCCCAUCCAUUGCGGCGCGGACAGAGAGUGGCUCCUAUAUGACACUGCAUGAAUCGGACGAGUCUCAGGGAUACUUUCCCCCAGAAUACUCAGACACCGCUCGUCUGACGGCGGACAUACACCUCCAGCAACUGAGUGCAGCAGGGCCAUCCACACCUGUUGGACAACGUCAGACUAGGGGCAGCUUCCAAAGCAUACGCUUUCUUACGCCUGAAGCGGCCUCAACAUCGAGAGUGAGCGGUGACCUAUCAGCAGCUGAAGCGGGUCUGCGGACGCCCGAUGAUGGCGGACCCAGAAGAUCUCAGUCCCGUAUUAAAUCUCUGUCGCCUUCGGCUGCGUCUCCACUCCAGAGGGCCGGGACGAUUGUAAAGAACAUGUCUCAGCGAGUGGUAAAUCUUACAAACGAGCCUGAGCUGGUCGAACGGAGCAUGAAAAGAAAAUCUUCGCUGAAGUCCAUACCGACUGUCGAACCUCCGUCACCUCGGCCAUUGCAUGGAACUCAUGACGGUGCGUCAUCGCCAGCACCAGACCCAUCUCCAAAGAGAAUGCCGUCACCCAAGCGCCAGGGCUUCAUUGCGGACGACUCGUGGCAGAAGCAAGCCAAUCCGUUCAAAGGCGACUCGCUUGGAGUGUUCCCUCCCGAGCAUCCGUUACGGACGAGGCUCUGCGACCUGCUUGUCCAUCCCGUAACUGAGCCAUGUCUGUUUAUCAUGAUUGUCAUUCAGACCAUCUUGCUGGCAAUUGACUCAGGCAGCAAUGUCUUCAAUGAUCCGAGAUCAAAAAGCUGGGGCACUUCAUGGAUUGAUUACGGCCUGCUGAUCCUGUUCGUCAUCUACACCGCAGAGAUUGUAGUGAGGAUUAUCGUCUCCGGCUUCAUCAUAAACCCGGUCGAGUACAGCACGAUCAACCGUCGUAUUGGUAUAAGGCAGGCAGUGUUCAAUAAGGCACAGAGUCUGUUCACCCCACAGCGACAGCCGUCGGUCAAGCGUACCGAUACAACCUUUGACUCACAGCAACCCUCGAUACUUCGGGCGUUCACCACUACGCAGAUGCACGCCGAACCGUCCGGUGGAUCUCAACAGCUGCAGCGUGUUCGCCUAGCUCAACGCGCGUUUCUUCGACAUUCAUUCAAUAGAUUAGACUUUAUUGCAGUCAUUUCAUUUUGGAUCAGCUUCGUCAUGGGUCUGCGCGGCGUUGAGAACAGUCAACAUGCAUACGUGUUUCGGAUGCUUAGCUGCUUGCGUAUACUACGGCUUCUUCGUUUGUCUAGUGGUACAACAGUCAUCCUUCGAAGCCUCAAGAAAGCGGCGCCGUUGCUGCUCAACGUUUCGUUCCUCAUCGGCUUUUUCUGGCUUCUCUUCGCUAUAGUCGGAGUUCAGAGCUUCAAAUCAAGUCUCAGACGGAACUGUGUAUGGGUCGACCCAUUGGGAAAGCAAGAUAACUACACCAACGAGUUCCAGUUUUGCGGCGGCCACCUCGACCGAAACAGCAGCAAUCCACUCCCUUGGGUGUUUCUUGAUGGACGCAGUGGUGCCCUUUCUUCGAAGGGAUUCUUAUGCCCUAUGAACUCGUACUGCGUGCAAGGGGAUAAUCCAUACUCUGGCACAGUCAGCUUCGAUAACCUUGUACAGUCACUGGAGUUAAUAUUCGUGGUAAUGACGACCAACACCUUCACAGACCUAAUGUAUUAUCUGACCGACAGCGACUACCUCGCCGCAGCCCUCUUCUUCGCCUUCGGCAUCGUCAUCAUGAGCUUGUGGUUGAUCAAUCUGCUUAUUGCAGUCAUCACGUCUUCCUUUCAAGUCAUUCGGGACGAAAGCAACACCAGCGCGUUUACUGCACAUGAAGCUGAAGCGCCUCCGGAGGACGAGGAUGAGAAGGCACCCAAACGCCGGAUCAGCUCGCUCAAAAGGCUGUACGAACGCAUGUACUGGCUCUGGAUAGCUGUCAUUGUGUAUGGGCUGGCUUGUCAGUCUAUGCGUAGUGCUGACAUGAGCCGCUCACGGGAACGCUUCAUUAAUGCGUCCGAACUCGGCGUUACCGUUGUACUGCUGUUCGAGAUUGCCGUUCGGUUUACCGUAGACUGGAGGCGAUUCUUCCAGAGCAAACGCAAUUGGGUAGACCUGGGGCUUGCUGUAAUCACAACCAUCAUCCAGCUGCCUAAGAUUCGUAACUCCGGUCAGCCCUAUGCCUGGCUCACCCUAUUCCAGAUUCUCCGCAUAUACCGGGUUGUGCUGGCAAUUCCGAUGACUCGCGACCUGAUCAUGGUCGUGCUUGGCAACGUAUCCGGCCUCGCAAACAUGAUCCUCUUCGUGUUUCUCCUGACCUUCCUCGCGGCCAUCUUUGCCGCACAGCUCCUCCGUGGCGAACUACCAGAAAGCGACGGAGGCGAGCCCCUCAAAGUUACGUUUGCCACCAUCUAUAAUUCAUUCUUGGGCAUGUAUCAGAUCCUUUCAAGCGAGAACUGGACAACGAUCUUGUACAGUGUUACAAAACAUAAUGUAAAACAUAAUACAGCUUGGAUCGGCGCUGCUUUUCUUAUCAUCUGGUACAUCCUCUCUAAUUUUAUCGUCUUGAAUAUGUUUAUCGCUGUUAUUCAGGAAAAUUUCGACGUCUCUGAGGAUGAGAAACGCCUGCAGCAGGUUAAGGCCUUCCUUCAACAGAAGGAACUGGGAGGCUCCUCACAUGGCAAUCUGUCGUUGUCGACUAUCUUCAAGAUCAGACAGCAUACUGGAAGGCGGAAGGACCCUCUGGAGUAUGGCUCGCACGCCACGGAGAUGCUACUAAAGGACGCAGUUGUCAAGGACUUUCUUGACGAUCCUGGCGAUCCAGCCCACCAAGACACUGUCGCUGGUGCCCAUCCUACACUUCGCGCAGCACCAACCACCAUCGUGUCAUCCGGCGUUGUAUCCUCUCUAUGGUCUCGAGUGGUCGCCUCUAUAUUCCACCACGAAACUAAUCCUUUCUACGCUCGCCUAGAGUUCUCUCGCGCAUACGAGGACCUAGACCCUCGACAAAUGGCCAAAGAGGUUGUCACAGCAACCGAUCGUCGCAAGAAGGCGCAGAGGGAGUAUCUGCAGAAGCAUCCCAACUACAAUGUUUCGCUGUUCAUGUUCAGACCCUAUGACCCCAUUCGAAAAUUUUGCCAAAGGAUCGUAGGUCCCGGUAGGGGAAGCGACCGCAUUGAGGGCGUGCCACCUUCUGUUCCCUUGUGGUACGCCUUCUCAGCCUUCAUCUACGCGGCUAUCGUGGCUAUGGUUCUUCUGGCUUGUGUCACCACGCCAGUUUAUCAGAAAGACUACUUCUCGGAGCACAAAUUUAGCGUCAAGAACUGGUUCGUCUUUACAGACUUAGGCUUCGCCGUUCUUUUCAGUGUCGAGGCGCUGAUAAAGAUCAUCGCGGACGGCUUUUUCUGGACACCCAACGCCUACUUCAGGGGAUCCUGGGGCUUCAUCGAUGGUAUUGUGCUUGUCACUCUGUGGAUCAACGUCGGUACAUCGCUGUACAAAGAAGGUAACGUUUCGAGGGCAGUGGGCGCAUUCAAGGCGCUCAGAGCGCUACGUUUACUCAACAUCAGUGACAGCGCAAGAGACACAUUCCAUUCGAUCAUCGUUCGAGGAGGCUGGAAAGUGCUCUCAGCUGCCUUCGUCUCUCUGAGCUUGUUGAUUCCCUUCGCUAUUUACGGGCUCAAUCUUUUCCAUGGCCGGAUGCAGGCAUGUAACGAUAACGGCUCCGGCAUAUUCGACCUCAAUGAUUGCGUCGGCGAAUACCUCAGCAGUCCUUAUGGCUGGGAUGUUCUCGCGCCCCGACAGGUCUCCAACCCGUGGUAUGACUUUGACAAUUUUGGCAGCUCCCUCUUCAUUCUCUUCCAGAUUGUCUCUCAGGAAGGCUGGACAGACGUUAUGUGGCGAGCCGAGAGCAUAACUGAUGUCUUCACUCAGCCUAAGGCUCUGGUCGCUCAAGGCAAUGCCGUCUUCUUCGUCAUUUUCAAUCUCUUGGGGGCGGUCUUCGUGUUGACUCUGUUCGUUUCUGUCUUUAUGCGCAACUAUACCGAGCAAACAGGUGUCGCGUUUCUCACUACGGAUCAGCGGUCAUGGCUGGAGUUGAGGAAACUUUUGCGGCAGAUAUCGCCAUCUAAGCGACCCUCAUCCACCAAGAGAAGAGAAACGUGGGAAGAGUGGUGCUAUAGACGUGCCGUCAGCAAGACCGGCUGGUGGCAGAGAUCUGUUACCGGCAUUCUCAUCCUUCAUCUCACUCUACUGUGCCUUGAGUUCUAUCCGGCGCCGUGGGCUUGGGAGCGGACCAGAGAUUAUAUCUUCCUAGCUUUUACGGUCUUGUACAUUAUAAACAUUGCCGUGCGAAUAAUCGGCUUGACGUGGCCAAGAUUUCGGAAGAGCUCAUGGGACGUCUACUCGAUCUUUGCUGUGUUCGGCACCUUCACCACGACAAUCCUUCUACUCACGGAUUUCAACGAGAGAAUAUUCGUGCAGCUACACAAGCUCUGUCUCGUAUCUAUCGCGCUGCUACUCAUUCCACGCAACAAUCAGCUAGACCAGCUCUUCAAAACCGCCGCUGCAAGUCUAACGUCCAUUGGCAAUCUUCUCGCAACCUGGUUCGUCCUCUUCCUUGUUUUCGCAAUCGCACUCACCCAGGCCUUCGGCUUGACGAGAUUCAACGCGCAUGAGAGCGAAAAUAUCAACUUCCGAACUGUUCCUAAGGCGCUCAUACUCCUCUUCCGGACGUCCUCCGGAGAAGGAUGGAACCAGAUCAUGGAAGACUUCGCUACUAUCGAGCCACCAUUUUGCGUCAAAAGUGAUCAGCACUUCGACGGCGACUGCGGCAGUGCCGAAUGGGCUCGCGCGCUGUUCAUCACGUGGAACAUUGUUAGCGUGUAUAUCUUUGUGAAUCUGUUUGUGUCGCUCAUCUAUGAGAGCUUCAGCUACGUGUACCAGCGGAGCAGUGGAUUAUCUGUUGUUAGCAGAGAGGAGAUCCGCAGAUUUAAACAGGCGUGGGCCGAGUUCGACCCAAACGGUACCGGCUACAUAUCCAAAGAGAAGUUUCCGAGAUUACUUGGCGAACUCUCCGGCCUCUUCGAAAUGAGGAUCUACGAUGGCGACUUUUCAGUCCGCCAGCUGAUCGAAGAUUGCAGUGUAGCUAAGAGGACUUCCGCGCUCCCAGUGGAUGGCACAAGCACGCCUCCCGAGAUCGAUAUUCGCAAGCUCAAUGCACGCCUUGCUGAGCUGCCCAUCAGCGAGACUCGGCGUAGAAGACAACGCAUGAACAUCUUCUACGAAGAGGUCUUGGUCUCCGCCGAUCCAGACAGAGGGAUCAGCUUUAACGCUCUCCUCAUGAUCCUCGCGCACUACAAAGUAAUCAACGACAACAAGAGCUUGAGACUCGAGGAGUUCCUCAAACGCAAAGCCCGACUGCAGUUCGUCGAAGAAGCCGUCAAGCGCAGCGUCGUGGUCGGUUUCUUCGACACGCUCUACCGACGGCGCCGCUUCCAGCGCGUCAUGGAUACCAAGCGCGCCGGCCGCAUGACGGCAGUGCCCCGCUUCACCGUCCCAGAGAUCUAUGUGGACGACGAAGACAUACAAUAUGACGAUGGCUCAUCAGCCGGCCACCCGAUCGACUCGCGCCGCGGUAGCGAUGCUCGCUCAGUAUCUCCACCAGCGGACCCGGCAGCACGCAGCAGAGCCAACACAGCGACAUCGAUCCAAAUCACGCCGACCCACUCUCCAACGCGAGGCCUGAGUCCCUCACGAUCAAGUCCGCAGGGCUCACCGAGUGCUCGAGCAGGCGGCGCUGAUGGAGCCAGCGACUGGCAUCCCGUGGGCGGCCUCAACGUCAGCAGGCCGCCUAGUCCGCUUGAGCCGGGCGAGGCAGGCAGGAGCAGGGCGAACAGUAAUGUCAGUGCGCAGGAUGUGCUGGAGGUGCUGGAUAACUCGGCGUGGGGCGAGAGCAUCAGGAGGAGUUUUACAGUGCGGAGGCCGUCUCAAUCUUAG